AUGGGCGAUGCUUUAGAAACCUCGAAUGAAGGUGGUGAUGCAUUAGUGGUAAAGAGAAGAUCGCUCAGUAACUACCUGUCAAAUAUUCAAAAGAGAAGACAGGAGUUAGAAGAGCGCGCUAAAGCUCAACAGACUAAACCUGCAGAGGAGAUUAACAGUUCAACAAACUACGAGGAAAAUUCUGAGAGUAAAGCUGACAAGGCUUCUGUAAAUGAGGAAAAUGGUGAAUCAAAUAUGCUAACGAAUAAUGAAUUGCAUCAACCAGAGGCUUCUGCUCAACAGAUACAGAAAGCCCCGAAGCCGCUAUAUGGCUGCCCAAGAGUCGCAGGCGACAUUUCAGGAAUAGAAGUGUCCCUGCCAGCAGAUGCUAAUUCUGUAGCUAGAUUGAAAAGCAAAAAUGAGGAAGUGAACAUACCAUCUGGUCGCGAGCUUGGAGGAAAAACAUUCGAUACAGAGUCUCACACACGAGAGAAGGUUUGGAACUCGGAGAAUAAGAAAGAAAGUUCCUUACCUGUAGAAAAGACAGAUGAGGAGCAAAGUGCAGAAAAAAAUACAGACGUUAAACCACCUAGUACAAACGAAGGCGGGUUGGUAAAAGACCUCCCCGUUAGCUCAAAUAUCGUUGCUGGUGCGCAAGAUAUCGACAAAACAAAGGUCUCACAGGAGGAUCGUUCAAACGAAGCAGAGGCGAAAACGCAGAGAAGUUCAACAGUUUCAAAACCAAUCAAUUUAAACCAAGACAAUAUCGCUAUAAGGCAGCGCUCGGAAGAUGAAGAAAGCGAGCUUAGUGAAGUUGAAAGUGAUGCGCCAACUGAGCCGGCGUCUCCUCCCAGACCUAGACUGGGAAGAUUAGUGCGCGGUGACCAACUUCGAUCAUCUCCCUCACGCCGGAUUCCACGCCUUCACACAAAUAAUAGUGAAGAAUCAGAGCUUUCUGACCUCGAGGACUUGAAUCACUUACCAAUUUCAAGCAGCAUACUACACGGGGACUCACCGCCCAACAGAUCUGCUCAUAUCGCUUUAGACUCAUCCCCAGUAAACUUUUUAAAGAAGUCAGAUAAUGCUCCUGCUCACAUGAAAAAGUAUGUCGCCGUUAGAAAGCCGCAGAAUGCCAAAAAGAACAAAGUCCAUCGAGAUGCAGGCGGUAGAACGAGACUACAAGUCUCUUGCGACAAGGGCAAGUAUGAUUCUGCUAGAAAAUUAAUUCAGGAAGGGUACAACGUGGAUGAUCAAGACAACGCCGGCAAUUGUUCACUGCACGAAGCUGCUCUGAACGGACACCUCGAAAUUGUGGAGUUGCUUCUUCAAAACGGAGCAAAUGUUAAUGUACAGUCUUUUGAACCCGUCAAAGAUACGCCCUUGAUCGAUUCUGCAGCAAAUGGCCAUUUGGAUGUGGUUAGGUUACUACUGCGGUACAAUGCAGAUCCCACAAUCGUCAAUUCCAAAGGUCUGACUGCCAUAGAAUCGAUAGAAGAAGACUCUGACUUGGAUGACGAUGAACAAAAAAUUGUCCGCGGUAUCAAAAUAGAGUUGAAAAGAGCUAUGAAAAAGUAUAGCGGUGACGCUGGGAGACGUGUACGGUCAUCAUCAAAUAACAGGCAUUCGGAUAGCGACAGGUCGUCAUCCAAUGUUCGGAUGGAGGAUGAAUUUUACUGGACUGAUAUAACGUCUAAAGUUGGACGGGAGAAACUUUUACGAGCUUCUAAGGAAGGAAAGCUUCCUUACGUUGGCGCGUACUUUGAAAAUGGUGGUCGUGUAGAUUUCAAAUCUUUCCUCGAAGCAGUCAGGUUUGGCCAUGAAGACAUCACGAGUUUAUUUCUUGCAUUUGGUGCUCCGGCUAAUAUGACGAAUCGCGAAGGCCAAACUCCAUUAAUGAUUGCACUGGGACGCGGGCAUACUGGUACAGUCAAGCUUCUUUUGAAGGCAGGAGCCGAUCCAACUGUGAGAGACAAACAAGGACGAACAGUCCUCAGCUACGCAAAGGUUAGUGAACUGGGUCUUGUGAGUAAGCACGAGAUUGGCUUGAUAAAAAGUGCACUGCAAGCAGUUACUAAAGACGAUGGUUUAUCAAAUGAUGAGCUAAGGGACGAUAAGAUGGAUAGUGAGGACGUGCUUCGCGAAUUUAAGGGCAAAGCAGUAACCCCCGAGCCCCCGCGCAAAGCUAGCAUUAUGUCGCCAAAACCAGCGAUUCCUCGAAAGCGCUCUAGCUUGGCUGACUCCGACGAUCCACCAGAUACAUUGGCCAAAAAAGGACCCUUUCCAGAAAUUGGAAUUGGGACGACUUUAGCGGCGUCUUCAAAAUCCAUGAGCACAUAUGCCUUCUCUGCAUCAAGCAAGAGACCCAAAUUAGAAGCUUCUUUGAGCCCAGGAGCUACGGACGUGCUUUUAGAGUCGCAAAGAAGUCAAGUUGCGACACCUGGAAGCUCAAACACUCCUAAGCCAGUUGAAUCCGCAUCGGAGAAGGAGGAAAGACUGAAAGCCGAAGAACAAUACAGACAGAAAAGGCAGCUUACCAAGAAGCGCAAAGAACAGGAACUCUUGCAGAAACUUGCCGAGGAUGAAAAGAAACGCGCAGAGGAAAGGGAACGUCAAAAUGCUGAAAGACUACAGAAGCUACAGGAGGAGAAAUCACGAGAGGAAGAGAAACAAGCUCUACAACGCACGCAUGCUGAGAUCGACCGCCGCCGAAGGAUUCGCUCGCUGUAUCCGCUGGGACUACGGCUGGUGAAUUUUAAGGUGUCCGACGAUUUUCAACGCUUUCUCCCAAUGUAUUUUGUAACGCUGGGUGGACAACGACAUGUUCUAGAUUUACAAGUUUGUGUCUUUCUGAAGGACGUUGCUUUCCUGUCAAAAUUCCAUGAGGGCCUUGAAGUGUCUCGUAUUCAUAAGGCGCAGAUUUGGAAUAUUUACAAGUUCAUCUUCAUGUAUGGCGGCCGCGACCUAGAAUCCGAGCUUUACACAGACUUAGAGGCUAUGCCGUUCAGAAAUCGAGCCGAGCUAGAGUCCCAGGAGCAAGGACGGUUCCUAGCGCUCCCAAUGCAUUGGAUUCCAUGGAACGCGGUCACGUUUCCUGACAAUUCUGAGUGUCAGAGAAUCGCAGCUCAAGAGCAGAUGGUAGAAAUAAGUCUAUGGCCGGAAGCCACUGUUUCUGAAACUCUCGAUUCUGGUCUGGACCGCAAAGCGCCCUCUACUGGCAUGUCAGGCUUUGAUUUUCGCACUGAUUCUGCAUCCAAUUUGGCGCCAAGUGCAAGACAAAAAACGCAGGAAAUAUUUCCGCCAAGACUUCGGCAUCGUCCUAACAUACUGAAUGCUCUCAAAGGUCCACUUCCCUCUUGGUAA